AUGGUAAUGCACUUUGCCCAAUUUUGCUCAAAGACUCUCCUAGCUAUGAAGAACCAGGUUUUCAACAUCUUAAUCGUUAUAGUUGAAAUUGCUGCUUCGAAUGCAGUUUAUUGGGUACUGAAAACUCCAGUUGUGUUUGGUGACAGCGCAACACUGACUUGUAUGGUUGAACAAAAAGACAAUUGUGACAGUGAAGCAACUCGUAGAUGGGAUGGUGGUCUUAACAAGAACAUAUUGUUGAUAAAUGGACAUUCUACGAACGCAUCUAAAUAUUACGAAGUUGCCUAUCGACCAUGUUACAACUUUUCCCUAGUCAUAAUGGAUUUCGGGAUGAACGAUGUAAACUGUGAAUAUAGGUGUUCUUUGGAUUUUGAAACUAGUCGUCAGAUGCUGACAUUAGAUUCACGACAUUUUAUUGGGGUACCUUCUGAAAACGAUAUUAGUUUCAACCUUGGCCAAACGCAAACAGAGUUGAACCUUCAGAUCCAGUUUCACAAUGUGUACCCAAUCCCUAAGUGCAAGGUUGAGAUCGGGCAUGAAAAUUGGGUGGACAAUUUCUUAGACACAAAGCCUAAUGGAAUGUUCUUUGAUGCAUCACUUCUUAGGAAAACUGACAUGAAAAUAAGCCAAUGUGACCAAAACGUAAAAGUGAUUUGUACUCUUCUAUCACUUACUAUAUUCCAGUUCGACACAAUUUUGAACUGCACAGAAACAAGUAUAAAGUUUGGAUCCGCACUUUAUUUCCAGAUAUCAUUUGGAAUAUUAAUUUUUAUAAUUAUAGUAGCUGUUAGUUGUGUGGUGAUAUGUCGAAAAACAAUGACGGAUGAAGAAACGGUUCCUCCUGUGCAACAAACAAAUGAAAGACAUUUCCCUUCUGACCAUCUUGGCCCGUAUGCAUAA